GAGGAUGCGUGCCGGGCGCCAGUGGAAGGCUCAGCUGAGUAAGGGUUGUGCGAUCAUGUGGCGAUAUCUGUGACUUGACCUGACCCUACUCUUCCCUAGUCACCUUGGCGUUGUGCUAUAAAUCUUUGACAGUGAUGCAGCGUGUGGCAGUGUUUUGAGUUGCCGCAGCUUUCGCCACCAUCGCCGCUCAGGCAGUGCCGAGAGUCACGGUGCCGUGAAGGCAAGCUUCCCCCAGUCGUCUGAUACUGGGCUGUCUACUGCACUUUGCACAACAGUUCAUACGACAUCGACUGAUUCGCCUUCGGCGUUCUACUAAAGAUCUGGACGAGCGGGGUUCGCUAACGUGAGCAGAGGCGAGCCCACACCAACUGCGUCCUUCACUCAGCUGUAGCUAUUCCUUCACUUACAUCUACGUCUCUCACUCGGAAUUUCACCCUCCAAAUAUUCAAGGUAGAGGAAGCUGAGGAGGUUCUUGUGUCUGGAAGAUGAGGCAAGAGGCCUAAGGCAGCACUUCACAACCUUCUUCCAUCCACAAUAAAGUGCUCUCACAAGUAGUUCAUCGUUGACAGUGGAAAACAUGGGGAAAAACAGUAAGAUGGACAGUGGAGGACAACCAAGCUCCCCUGAGGAGGAACCUCCUCGUGAUCCAGGGGUGGCCAAAUACCAUUCAUACACCAAUGAAGACUUGGAAGGACAUCGUGCACAUUCCAUUUACUUGGGUGUGCACGUACCUGGGGCUCGUCGAAGACCUCGCCACCGCCAUCAUCGCCACCAUCACCAUCACAAGAGUUCAUCUAAGGAUGGCUCUGAAAACAGACCAGCAAUGCCCACACUGGAGGAGGACUGCCCUGAUGGUUUCUCUUUGACUCCCCCCAGCCAACGGGUGCAGUUCAUCUUGGGCGAAGAUGAUGAUGACGACGGCACUCACCUCAGCCAUCCACUCUUCAGUGAAAUGGAGACCCUUACUGAGAUGGAAGGUGGAGAGCUAGAGUGGAAGGAAACUGCUCGUUGGGUUAAGUUUGAGGAAGAUGUGGAGGAAGGAGGAGAACGGUGGUCCAAACCUCAUGUGGCAACGCUCUCACUGCACUCUCUUUUUGAGUUACGCUCAUUUCUCCUCAAUGGCACUGUCAUCCUUGACAUGGAUGCCUCAUCUCUUGAGCAAAUCACUGAUCUCUUGCUAGACAACAUGAUAAAUCAAGGACAGUUAACUUAUGAAAGCAGGGAAAAAUUCAAGGAUGCUCUCCUACGCAAGCAUAAGCAUCUGUAUGAGAAGCAGAAGAACAGUAAAGAAAAUGGCAACAUGUCUCGCUUACCACUGAUCCGUAGUCUUGCUGAAAUUGGACGCAAUCAUUCAUCUUCCAAAAGCUUUAUGGACAUCUUAUCAAGUGGAAUAAAACGCUCCAACACUGGUCCCGUUCCUACUGUUACGGUACAUGAGGCUGCUCGGAUGCGGUCUAACAGCACACCUACCCCCUCACACCUACUCCACCCCCCAGUUGGGCCAAACUAUGGCACUCACUUGGAAGUGCCAAGAAGGUCCUCAGAAAUACCAGCAUGGUUAAGUUGGAGGAGACAUUCCACAGGAAUAGUGGAAGAGGGCGGGGCUUCCACUCAAGCCUCGCCCACACCCACGCCCACAAGUCUUGGUGAACCAACCAAAUUUGGACGCUUCUUGAACGUGCCAGGGACGGGUGGUGGUGGUGGUGGUGGUGGUGGUUGUGGUGGUGGUGGUGGUGGUGGUGGUGGAACUACUGCGGGUGGAAACAAUGCAAGUGUCAUGUCUAAUCCUGAGGGAACAAUGGAACAGUCUCCAUCCUCAGGCUCCAUCACUCAAAACCACAGUGCUAACAACUUAGAUGGCCAUGAGCACAAGGGAAACACUCAUUUUAUGCGAAAAAUUCCACCGGGUGCUGAAGCUUCCAACAUACUGGUGGGAGAGGUGCCAUUCUUAGAUAAACCAGUUACUGCUUUUGUGAGGCUUACCAAUAGUGCUAACCUUGGCAAUCUGACAGAGGUACCUGUCCCAACAAGAUUCCUCUACAUCAUCCUUGGUCCUGUUGGUGGUUUGCCAAGGUACCAUGAAAUUGGUAGAGCAAUGGCAACACUCCUUAGUGAUGAGGUGUUCCAUGAUGUGGCUUACAAGGCAAAGAACAGAAGUCACCUUCUUGCUGGUAUAGAUGAAUUCCUGGAUGCUGUAACAGUUCUCCCUCCAGGGGAAUGGGACCCAGCUAUAAGGAUUGAGCCACCUGCAGCCAUUCCAUCUCAAGACACACGAAAGAAGAAGCAGCCAGUGGAGGUUAUUGAUGAAGAGGAGGAAGAAGUGAAGUUGCGAGAAGAAGCGGGACUUACCCGAUCUGGGAAACUAUUUGGUGGUCUUAUAAAUGACAUAAAGAGGAAAUCACCAUGGUACCUGAGUGACUACAAAGAUGGCAUAUCUAUCCAGUCUAUUGCCUCGAUCAUUUUCAUUUACUUUGCUUGCCUUACUCCUAUAAUUACCUUUGGAGGUCUUCUUGGUGAAGCCACAGAAAACAGAAUUGCUGCACUGGAGUCUCUUGUUGCUGGAUUGAUCUGUGGAGUGACCUAUGGUUUCUUCUCUGGUCAACCUUUGACCAUUCUGGGAUCAACUGGCCCUGUAUUGGUAUUUGAAACCAUCUUGUAUGACUUCUGCAGGACCAUGGAAUGGAGCUAUCUAUCAUUCCGGUUGUGGAUUGGUAUAUGGAGUGGUAUCAUCUUGUUAAUCUUGGUUGCAAUAGACGCAUCAGCCUUGGUGUGUUUCAUUACUCGCUUCACUGAGGAAAACUUUGCUACCUUGAUUGCAUUUAUUUUUAUAUAUAAGGCUGUGGAGAAAGUUAUGAAGAUUGGCCACAAGUAUCCUAUGGAAAUAAGUGUUGAUUUAAAUAAGAGUUGUAUAUGUGUGCCAUUCAAUGAAACAGAAGACGUAAUGGAGUCUACUGACUGGAGCAACAUGACAAGUGAAACUUGUACUGAAAUCUACAAUGGCACCAUGAAGGGAGAUGGACAUGAAUGUAUGCACUAUUAUCCUGAUGUGUACUUGCUGAGUCUGAUUCUCUUCUUUGGCACCUUCCUCAUUGCCAUAUAUCUUAAGGAUUUCAAAUCUGCUGCCUUCUUCCCUGCUAAGAUUCGCCAAGUCAUUAGUGACUUUGCUGUCAUUAUUGCUAUUUUGGUUAUGAGUGGAAUUGACUUUGCUAUUGGAAUCCACACCCCAAAGCUGGAGGUCCCUUCAGAAUUAAAACCAACAUGGUCUGGCCGUGGAUGGCUCAUUCCUCCCUUCGAUGGUAACCCUUGGUGGACUUCAAUUGUGGCUCUAGUGCCUGCUCUGUUGGCCUGCAUUCUCUUGUUCAUGGAUCAACAAAUCACUGCUGUUAUUGUCAACAGAAAAGAGCACAAACUCAAGAAGGGUGGUGGCUACCAUCUUGAUCUCUUCAUCCUGGCCCUCUUGACAACACUCAAUUCUAUCUUUGGUCUGCCAUGGUUUGUUGCUGCCACUGUGCUCUCCAUCAAUCAUGUCAAUUCUUUGAAGCUGGAGUCUGAAUGUGCAGCCCCUGGGGAGAAACCUCAGUUCCUAGGUGUCAGAGAAAAUCGCUUGACUCACAUAAUUAUUUUUGGUUUGAUUGGAUUGUCUGUAAUCAUGACACCAAUUCUACGUAAAAUUCCCAUGCCUGUACUCUUUGGUGUGUUUUUGUACAUGGGUAUUGCUGCACUGAAGGGCAUUCAGCUAUUUGAUAGAAUCCUCAUCAUGUUCAUGCCGAUCAAGUAUCAGCCAGACUACUCCUUCUUGAGACAGGUUCCUUUGAAGAAGGUUCACCUCUUUACUGCGAUCCAAGUGGCUUGCCUUGCAGUGCUGUGGGUGAUCAAGUCUUUCAAGCAAACAUCCAUUCUCUUCCCACUUAUGUUGGUAGUAAUGAUUGGUGUCCGGAAAUCACUGGACUGGGCCUUUACUCAACGAGAGCUCAAAAUAUUGGAUGACACUCUGCCAGAGUUUAGCCGCAAGAAGAGGAUGGAAAACGUGGAUGAUGAAGAAGAUGAGGAGAAACUCGGAAAAGAAACAAGUGAAGGUGUGAUGACUAUUCCUCUUGCUAAUGGCAAUGUCAUGAAGGUUCCAUUGAAUCCCAUUAAUAUUUCGGAGGAGAUGAACAAGAGCGGUGUUUGGAUGGAUAUCAACAAAGAUCAAGAAAAGAAACCUAACUCGCCAACAAAAAACAAUGAGGAUAGAAGCCGUAGCAGCUGCAAACGUUGUCGCCGACGCAAGAAGAGCCGUACUAAUGAUGAAGUAAAUGGGGUGGCCAAUGGGCAUGCAAGUGAUGUGGAAAUGAAUGGUACCUUUGUGUGUGCAGACCACUCAGAAAAUGAGUGUAACACAAAGGAAAGCAGAUUGGAUUAUGAGAACGAGUCUUGUCAUUUCACAAAAAAGCGUGGCCACAAAAGGGAUGCACUCAAUGAAGAUGAAAAGAAGCGACUUAGCAUGAUGGCAGAAGAGGACGAGGAGGACGAGGGAAUAACAAUCAAGGUGACCAAGUCAUAAACUGUGGCGGAAUCAGCUAACUUUGUAUUGUAGUUGGUACACCAGCAAGGUGAUGGUGACUAUCGUCAAGGCAUAUUCUGCCUUGUAAAAUUUAUGACAUCAGAAGGAACAAAUGCCUGUUAUUGAUGUAAUGAAGCCUCCAACCUCAAGCCAUCUUUUAGGCUUCUGUUGGCUGAUCUAGUCACAAGUGCAGUUAUAAGACACAUAGCUGAAGUAUGGCAUGGGUGUCAGAACUAAAUAUGAAAUAUUUUUAAUUACUAUGGUGAUCAUACAUAUGAAGUAUUUAUACUGUAGUGUAGAUUUAAGGGUAUGGGAAGUAUGAAUUAAUGUGAGCAAGGUGCUAAAAUUUUAUAAUGAUCACAGUUAUCAAUCAGUUAUAUUGGGGAGUGAAAUAAUCAAAAAGUGAUGACUUACACCCAUACCUAUCCAAUUCAGUUAUGGGUAUUAUUUCUUUUGGCACACAAGUUAUAGUCCUUUCCAUCAACCAGGAGUAAAAUUGCCCCAGUCCUAGACUCACUGUCUUGAUUUUAUGAGCAGAUUUUUAAUUUAUUUUAUGUUAUGUAUGUUAUGUAUUGCUAUUUAUCUGUUUUUAGUAUUUCAUAGGCAUGUACAUAAUUUGCUCCUGGUUUUGGAUUUAGAUUGGUGCAAUACUGAGACUGUUAGUCUUGAUGUACUGUUUACACUCUUUGGUUCUGUAUUCACUGUGUAGAACUUGCAGUUUUCUUUAUUUAUAUUUUAUUGUUUAGUUACUAUGAUUAUAUGGAUCAAUGAGAAAUAGAAUCCCAUCUCUUUUUUUUUUUUUUUUUUUUUUUUUUUUUUUUUUUUUCCCCUCUCACUCUAGUUUCAGUGUUGAUAGUAGCAUCUCAACCACUGAGACAUUCAUGAGGUGGGAAUUAAUAUUUCUGCAUUAUUCCAAAUUAUAAAUCCUUAAUAAUGAAAUGGAGCUUCCCUGCAUGUUUUCCAUAUCUGUUCACACACUGGUGGAAUGAUAAUAGCAAUAAAUACAUUAGUUUGUCUGACUAGAUUAUUAUGAAACUAACUUAUUAAACAUCAUCAGAUAUUGUCUCUCUAGUACUGGAGGUCAUGUACUCAAUGGUUCCCUACAGAAUCUAAAUUUAGGUUUUGUAUAGAUAUACAAUAAAGGAGUUAAGAAUAUAGAGCACACAGGUUUUGAAUGGCAAUAAGUUGACAUUUUUAUUUAACAAAAGGAUAAUUCUGUACCUCUACACUCCUUUCUUUUAUUAUGCUAAAUGAAUAAUAACCUGGCAGUAUUGUGAAGACAUAAAUAACCUAACACCAAGAUAAGGUGCCUGAUCAUACUGACUGUAUACCUAUACACCUCACCAACAUAUGACAAAAACAUAGCAUUUUCUGGAAUUCAUGCUAGAAAGUGUAUCCUUCCCGUGAGAUUUUAUGCAUCACUUAUUUUAGGAUAGGUUUCAGUAUUUGCAAAAAAUAGUGAUCUAACUACAAGAAUCAUGCUAAUCAUUUCUUAUAUAUUCUGUAAUUUUAAUUGUACAAACUGAAACAUGUAAGUAUUUUUGGUAUGGAGUUAUAAGUUCAAUAUCCUGAAGUGGAAUUGAAUAUGACCAUUUAAAUACAUGUCAUCUAAUGAUAAACGUUAUUCUAUAUU